AUGUCAGUUUCAUCAGUUGAAAGUAUGGCAUCAUUGAGCAGCGAUCUUUUCUAUGACAUACUUAGGCGUCUUGAUGGUGCAACUUUGGCCAGUGCAGCCUGUGCUUGUGCAACAUUCUGCGCUAUUUCAAAGGAAGAGCGAUUAUGGGAAAAUGUGUGCGCUUCUAUGUGGCCUUCAACUGAUCGGGAUGAUGUCAAAAGUUUGAUCAUGUCAAUUGGUGGAUUCAAAAAAUUUUACGCAGAUUGUUUUCCCCUUAUUGUAAACGAGGUUCCUGAAUUUAGAUGGAAUGAUAAUUUUGAGUAUCCCGGAGAAUUGACUGAAGCUGAAUACUAUGGUGAUGUGGAUGAACUUGAAAAUGUUUCACCGUCAGAUUUUGUGUCUAUAAUGGAUAUCAGAUAUAAAGACAAAACAAUAUAUUCAAAAGUCCUAUGGGGAAUCCCGAAUGCAGAUGGCUUUAAUGGUUGGUUUCACAAUUGUCCAUUUCGUAUUGAUCUUCUUGCAUAUUCGGACAAAGUGACACUUGCAGUCUCCGAUGGCCUGCCUCCGAUCAUGUCCAUUGAACAAGAGAGAAAAGACGGAAAGCUCUGGCAAGAGUUCCGGGAGGGCAUCUGGCUUAGUUGGAUUAUAGUCAACAGAAAAAUAAAAAAGGCUGCUAAUCUAUCAAGUUGGAGUCCACUUGGAGGGCAAAGACAUUGGCCGACAGACAAGGAUUUCGUGGUAAGAUUUGGAUCCAUUCUUCCCGCCAAAGAUAUUCUUCCUUGUCAAGUAGUCGAAUGUAUCCUUAUCAUGAAGUUCAGGAUGAUCCAUACUGAGGGCGAAGGCAUCCAAACAAUUAUCAAGUUGACGGAACUAAGCAUGCAACUGGAGGAUAUGGAUGGUUCUCAUGUCAAUGGUCUAAAAAGUUUGCUCAUCCUUAAAGCAGCACUUAGCUGCCGUAGGAGCAAGAAUUACAAUGAAGCCCUCGAGUCGUGCCAUUUGUACUCAAAGGUACAAACAGAGCUCAAGGAGAAGAAGAUGCAAUAUGAAAACAGAAUCCUCAAUCGUUUAAACGGGAAAUCGGUGUUCACAACCUGGUUUAAGCUCAAUGAUUCUUCACCGGUAAAAGAAAAAGUGCGGUUUCUUGAAGAAAGUGGUGGAGGAUGUGAUAUAUACGAGGGAAAUUGGGUAUGGGAUGAAGAAAAUUAUCCACUUUACCAAUCUAAAGAUUGUAUGUUCUUGGAUGAGGGAUUUCGAUGCUCUGAAAAUAGUAGGCCUGAUAAUUUCUACACUAAGUGGCGUUGGCAACCCAAAGAUUGCAACUUGCCCAGAUUCGAUGCAAAAGUUAUGUUGGAAAAGCUUCGAAACCGUCGGAUAGUGUUUGUAGGAGAUUCUAUAGGAAGAAACCAGUGGGAGUCCCUUCUUUGCAUGCUGUCUUCUGCUAUUACCAAUAAGAGUUCAAUUUAUGAAGUGAACGGGAGCCCGAUAACAAAGCACUCAGGCUCUUUAGUUUUUAAGUUUAGGGAUUUCAACUGCACAGUUGAGUAUUACAGAGCUCCGUUUCUAGUGUUACAGAGUCGUGCACCCGCUGGAAGUCCUAAAAAGGUGAAAAUGACGUUGAAGUUGGAUCGAAUGGAUUGGAGCUCUGCUAGGUGGAAGGGUGCAGAUUUGCUGGUUUUCAACAGUGGGCACUGGUGGAAUUAUGAGAAGACUGUCAGAGAGGGUUGUUACUUCCAAGAAGGGGCAGAGAUCAAGAUGAAGAUGAGUGUAGAAAAUGCAUUCCGAAGGUCAAUUAUGACAUUAAUUGAUUGGAUGAGUCAAGAAAUAGACAUGAUAAAGACCCAUACCUUCUUCCGAAGCUAUGCUCCUAUACAUUUCAGAGGUGGGGAUUGGAAGACUGGUGGCAGCUGUCACCUGCAGACACUACCCGACUUGAGCUCAUCAUCAUUCUCCUCUGAAGCAUGGAGUGAUUUUAAAACAGUUGUUAAUGUGUUGUCAGAACAUUUGAAGACAGGGAAUAUCAAUCUAUUGAAUGUUACGGGUAUGACAUCGCAAAGAAAAGACGGUCAUUCUUCCUUGUAUUAUUUGGGGCCUAAAGUGGGACCAGCCCCUCUCCACCGACAAGACUGCAGUCAUUGGUGCCUUCCUGGUGUCCCGGAUACAUGGAAUGAACUUCUCUUAGCAGUCUUCCUCAAACGAGAAUUUACUCGUGGACUAAAUUUGACUUAA